AUGGAAAAACAAAGCUUCCUUUGCUUARCAGAUUCAAGCAGCUCCGACAGUCCUCUUCAUUCCUGCACACUUCAUACAACUCAAUCAGUUUCAGACAUGGACAAGAAAAUGAAGGCCAUAAUAACCGCUUUGGAAGAAGAUGGGCAAUAUCAAAACAGAAAACUAGAGAUCAAAUGUAUGCUUGAAGAGUACAAUAGAUCUUACCAAUCCUUGGCUGAAAAAUACGACUAUUUGAAGUUCAUAUUUGUUAACAUUCUCUUUUCUGGGUCRUCCACGCCUUCAGACGCCGAAAUAUUCCGAUGCAAUAUCAAAUGUCCRGGCCUCAAAUCCGUCUCUGUCGAUGGCAGCCUCAAAUGUAACAAUGACAUCUUGGACAAAGAGUUCCUGAUCAAGCUAAGAGAUGAAUUGGUUUCAAGUAAGACAUGUAAUCAUAAUUCUGAUGAAAUAGUUGAAGCAAGAGAUGACAAAAUGUAUGGAAGCAUCGCGGCUCGUGCUGAGAUAGACGAUACCGAGUUAAAGAUGAACAAGUUUGAACUACAACGGGUUAAAGAUGUACAUCCAUUGGUGGCUAUUGCCCAGUGGGAGAGUACAUGGAAUGAACUAAACUCAAAGGUGACAGUGCUCAUGGAGGAAAAUCUGCAGCAUCAGGAGGAGUUAACCAGGAGAAACAAUGAAAAGAGAGAGGCCAUUAAAGAGCUUCACCAACAGAUAAAAUUCCUAAAGAGUGAGAACAGGUCCCUCCAGAGUUCUCUCAGAUUCCCCAAAGAAAGGUCAAAGCCAUAUCGCUCUCCAAUAUCACGACUKGCAGAAACGAUUUCGAACAAGCUUUUGGGGUGGGGUUGUUCUUGAUCUGAACUUCAGUUGUUCAA